AUGGCUGUCCGAGAAGUUCUCCCUGGAGAUUAUAAUGUACUUGAUCAGAGGCUAGAGAAAGAACUGCCGCUGUCCAUUUGUGGGUUGGUCCACUUCCGGUUGAUGAGGAGUAGGCACCUGUUGAGAGAGAAGAUGGUGUUGGUGGACAGUUGGCCGGACGUCUCUGUCCUUGUUAUCGUGGAUAGACAGAGGAGAGACAUUUUCCCGAUUGCUGUGUGUUUUUGCAAAGGACCAGAAUUCGCAGCAACUCUAGACAAAAUGCUUCAUUUUGCUUGGAGAGAGUUGUCUUCUCCUAUGUUUGCUGUUGGAUCAAGCUGUGACGUCAACCACGCCCUUAUGAAUCUGUACAAGUCAACUACUUCCAGUCCAUUUCGACAAAAUCACGAAAAUGCAAUUGUAUAUACAUUGCCUGUUGAAAACAUCGUACCCCUACCGAUGCCAGACGGAUUCCGAGAAACUGAAUUAAGUGGACGUCAUUUAGAGAUUUUAUGCAAAACGUGGCCUUAUUCAAAAUCAAAUGCAGAAAGAUGGUUGAAAUACCACAUAUCUAACUUUCCGACAGUCUGCAUGGAAACUGAUGAUGGAUGCCCCGUGGCUUGGGAACUUCAGCAGGAGAAUGGUAGCGUUGGAAUACUGUAUGUAGAACCAGAAUAUCGAAGAAAAAAACUUGGGAGCAUUGUUUCGAGGACACUAGCGAAAAAGUUGAGCAAGGGUGGCCAACUAGUUUUAGCAUUGGUUACUGAAAAUAAUACCCCAUCCAUUGGAUUGCAUGAGAAAAAUGGUUAUGUGCGGUUACCUUUCAAAGUUUCUUUCAUAGGAUGUUUUUUUGAAACAAAAUUAUGAAGUUAUUUGUUACAUUUUUGUCAAUUUCUAUUAAUAUUUUUUCUUGCAAUAUUUAAUUGUUUUAGUUACGGUUGAUAAUUCGCUUUUUUAUAUAAUUGCGUACAAAUUUGUUGUAUUUUUUCUACAAGGCAUUUUUAUGUGCGAAUGUUCAACAUAGACCUUUUCCCUCCUAACUGUUUAGGAAUCAAAAUGUUGUUUACUUACUUAGAACACUGCUUUGUUUCGUCAUUAAGAUAAUUAAAUGAUGUUUAUCUAACUAAGGAGAUUCCAUCUCAUUUCUAUGGGAUAUAAUGUAUUUAUAUCUUUAAUUAUAUUUGAUAUUUCAUCAGAAUUCGAACCUAUUUCGAGUAUUAUUGUCAUCUGCAACCUAGAACUAUUUGUAUAUGAAAUAAUCUUGCAUGUAUCUGUAUGCCUUUGGGCUACUGAAAAAGGAAAAUAGAUAAUUGCUAAAAGCAAUUUCGAGCAUAGUUAUCAUCUACAACUUGGAACUAUUUGCACAUAAAAUAUUCUUAAAUGUAUCUUUAUGCCAAUAGCGUACCGAAUGAAAAAUAA